AUGUCCUCUAGCUUUCAUGAAGACCUUGGCCUAGGCCUCACUGAGCACCUUCUUGCCCUGACUCUUCUUACCAAACUCCAAAAAACCUACUUCUAUUCCGUAAUAUAUGCCCCAAAAUUCUAUUUCGUACUCAGUAAUGCGCUUUCUUCUCUUAGCAACUUAAUCCAGGAUGUCGUUGCCGAGUCUGUUGAAGGGCGAUUUUCUAUGUCCACCAUCUUCCGCGAUGACAACAAGCGUGCUGCACAGAGGGCUGUUCAGCUGGUAUUCAACGGGAUGGAUUAUAGCCUAGAGGGACUUGAAGGAACCUUACGAGGAUUAAAGGCGGACAGAUGCGCAUCCGAAGAGGCAUGGAGGUUAUGGGGUAAGGAGGUGAGGGAUAAUGGGGGAGAGGCAGGUUUGCGGAGGGCGCUGGAGGCGGUGAAAUAUCAUAAUUGGGUAAUUUCAGUAGUUAUUAAGAGAGCUCUUAAAAGAAACGAAAUAGAGGCACUCCAUGAGACCGUCCCUCUAACCCGAGAAUAUCUCUACAAGCUCUUCACUGAGCUGCUCUCAUCCACAGGCGCCAACAGAUUUCCUUACAAACUAAUCGCCAAAUUCAUGACUAGCGCGUCGGCCUCCCUCUCUGGCCAAGUCUUCCCAACGGAGGUACCUAUAGAAAAGGUACUUAAGAUCCUAAUGUACUGGACAUUCAGGGCUGCAUCAAGCAUAAGAGACCACACCCGCAGCUCGAAAACUCUCUCGGGUGAAGAUGCUAUUGCCCUUUCCAAGGCGUUUUGGGUUUUUGAAAUGUGUAGAGACUAUGUAGGCGCGGACAUUAAAGAGUUUGAGGCGGUUAUGGCAAUUAUUGCGAAUGAGCUUGCAUUCGCCGCGAAGACACUUCUUGAGUCAGAAUUGGCUUCCCACCUUUCGAUUGACGCCGAGGUCGAGAUAGUCAACCCUCCUCAACCACCAGAAACGCUGGUUCAAGAAGCAUCGCCCCCUGUUGAGAAUGGGGUAUCGAUGAGUGACACUGCAGCGCAUCCAAAUACAUAUAACACCUAUGAAGCGCGUGAUAACUUGUCUCAGUCAAGUGGAAGUAGUAACAAUUAUGCCGAGUCUGGUAUCGUGAUCGACUGCAGAGAUAAUAACAACAAUAUAUCCGGGCAGUGGAGACAAGAGGCAUCACCUAAAUCACCGGAGUCAAUAUCAAGCUUGCGACGCAGUCAAAGCCAGAGUCGACCCGGGACUUUGAAUGGAAACUCUUCACCGUCGCUUCAUGGGUUCAAUAGGCAUUCCAUAGCGUCGGAACAUGUACGGGAAGCUAAACCACUUUUGCCUGAUCAAAGGCGAGGCAAUACACCUGUUCUUCGUAAACAGGUUAACUACCAAAUGCCCAACCCAAGAUCUGCUUCAAACUCGGAAUUUCUUCCAGAAGCAGUGAUGACAGCAAUACCACAUUAUGGGGCGAGGAUGGAAGAGGAAGAGAUCAUGAACAGGCGUUUGUUGGCAUCAAAAUCUUACACAUUGCAAGACGCAAGGUGGGAGGAAUGUGUGGUGAGAGUCUUUAGGGCGAGAGGUACUGGAGAGCUGAGGGUAUUGACUCUGUGGGACGACAAGCAGGCGGGGGCUCUAUUUAUUAAUCCAGAAGAGGCUGAAUUAGUGCCAGAAUACGGCUAUCACAUGCAGACAAAUAUUCCGGUAAUUUUUAUGCGAAAGACGACGGAAUGGGGAUCUUCCCUCCAGCUGGGAAAACAAACAAAAUCUAUAAGAAACAGGGUGGCGCCGAACAGAGAGAAUACGUAUUUUAAGUUUACGAACAUCGAGGACAUGUUCUAUUUCCAGUGCGUCUUCCUUGGCGAGACCGUUCUCGCUGAUAUUCGAACCGUUAGUGCUGUCCGCUACAACAAAUAUGGUAUUUUUGAGGUGGGGAAUUACAAAGGAAGACUGAAAGGAUGGAUGCUGAGACCAAAGUCGUCAAGGAUCGUGGUAUUUUUGGGCCGCGAGCUACUGAGUGUUUUUAUAACGGAUAAUAUAAUGAUUGAUGAGAGUAGUGCCAACGGUCUUACGGUAAAGAUAAAACCAAUGUCAUACGGAACAUUUAGAGGGCGAAAAUACAUUAAAGCACGCAUAGCUGGUAACCGAGAUCUUCCCGGUGGUAUCAGACUUGAUAGAGGGGGGAUGUUGAUUGAGGACGAAGACGGAUUUGAUGAUUUGAAGUGGCUUGAAAUUGAGUUCGAAUCAUCCACUGGAAUGAAGGUGUUUACGGAUAAUUUUAAGAGAGAGUUGCAGAUAAGGCGGAAGGAAAGGAUGGAAGUUGAUGAAUUGAAGAAAAAAGCGGCGAGUAAUGUCAGGAGUUUAGGAAAUUAA